AUGCGUCAACGAAUCACCUUCAUCCACAAGCCCGGAAACGGAGUCCCCUUCGAAGCUCUCGAGGUUAGCGAUGCCGGCGUCAAAGGCCCGGAGAUUGAGGCCGUUCGCGAGGACAGAGUCACACUAGCUCUGGAGGAGCUUCCAGCCGAGCUCUCUCAGCUUCUGAGCGAGAGCCAUGAGCUCCAUAUCCGAUGGGUCACUCCUGAGACCUACGAGACUGUCACUCCCUUGAACUCAAGGGUGUCACCGGGCUUUCAUCUGUUUUAUACCCCCAAAAAGGAGGGGCAAUGGGAUGCGUGGUCAUUCACGAGUCUCCCGAAUGACAGAUUCUCUCACUCCGCAGCUCUCCAAUACUACGAGCCGCUGGACAACCUCACAAAGUUCAUUCAUUACACAUCCGAGACGCUAUGCCCAGCGUCAAACACGGCCUGCAAGUCCCGCGCCGAGGAUCUCAAGACGGCGGCGUCCCUCGAUAUUUCAUACGAUACCAUCUCGCACGCCCUCAAAGUCACGGCACAAUGGCCGUACACUACCCAUAAGAUCGACGUCGCCUCAACACCAAAGCACAGGACCGAGGUCGGCGUUCUCACCACUGACUCCUCCGCAAAGCCGGAGCCUCACGAGAUCGGUAUGACCGGCGGCCUGACCGUCCUCGGCGAACACACGAAGCCCUCGCCCGUUCUGUUCAACGUGCCCGCACGCCACCGCCGCCAUGACGAAGUGGCCGCCGGCUCUUCCUUCUCCGCCAAGUUCCUCGAGCCGACAGGCCUGCACCCCGCGCUACAGCUUACAGUCAGCUCUGCCCGGCCUCCCGUCGACGACGCUUACUGCGCCAUCCACGCGCACUUCACACUCCCCAAGACCAUCUUUGCGGACCGUUACCAGCUCGCAGACGACCUGUUCCUCCAAUCCAAGAACCUCACCGCCUUGCGCUACUCCAGCUCGCCCGUCGACCUCGAGGCGCCAGCCUACGCGACCAAGCCGUGGGGCUCGGGCGUUCUCCUCGAGCUCGCGCCCCCAACCGCGCAAGAACAGGACACCGAAUGGACGGCCGAGAUCCCGCUGCACCUGCGCUACCUCAAGCCAGCCGACGGCGGCUACACGGAUCUCGAAGUCCCCCACCCAGCCGUGUUCUGGGCUUGCUCCUCGGAGGAAGGCACCAAGUUCCCCAGUAGCCCAUUUGAGCGCGUCAACCUGGGCUACGACGCGCUUUUCGGACCGCGAACCGUCUUCUGGCACGUAGAGCCGGUCGGCGCUGCGGAGGGCGGCGGCGGCGGCGGCGGCGGUAGUCGGCUUACGAGCUCCGUGCGCGUGCCGGUUUUGGAGGCCGGACAGGCGGGGUGGGUGCGGAUGGGGACCGCGGGCGCGGUGAUGCUGGGCUUCGCAUGGGUUCUGUGGAGGCUCGUUGCCGCGCAUUUCCGGACCGGAUACGGCAAGGGUGCUGCUGCCAAGGCGGAGGAGAAGAAGACGCAGUAG